AUGGCCCAGCCUCUGCUGCUGGCUCUCUGGCUGGCUCUGGGAGUGGCCCUCAGUGUGGCCACUGUGACCCCCGCAGGCACCAGCGAGCCCCCUACCGCGCCGACCGUGGCCCCCACGGAGGCCGAGACCCUGCAGAGCGAGGCGGACAACCAGGAGAACGUCCUGUCUCAGUUGCUGGGCGACUAUGACAAGGUCAAGGCUGUGUCCGAGGGCUCCGACUGCCAGUGCAAAUGCGUGGUGAGACCCAUGGGCCACGACGCCUGCAAGAGGGUCAACGCCGGGGCCUCCAGGAAGGAGGACUUCUACACCGUGGAGACCAUCUCCUCCGGCCCGUCCUGCAGGUGCGCCUGCGUCGCUCCGCCCUCCGCCCUCAACCCCUGCGAGGGGGACUUCCGGCUCCAGAAGCUCCGGGAGGCCGACAGCCGCGACUUGAAGCUCGCCACCGUCAUAGACAUGCUGGAGGGCGCGUUCUACGGCCUGGACCUCCUGAAGCUGCAUUCGGUCACCACCAAGCUGGUGGGGCGAGUGGACAAACUGGAGGAGGAAGUUUCUAAAAACCUCACCAAGGAAAACGAGCAGACCAAAGAGGACGCGGGAGGAGUCCGCGCGGAGGCGAACCAGCGAGGAGGCGGGGAGAACUGCUCCCGGGCCGCGGCCCCGCUCCCGGGGGCGGAGGCAGGCUCGGCCCUGCAGAGGGACGCGGCCGCCUACGCCCACCCCGAGUAUGAAGAGGAGUUUCUGCGGGAGGAGACCGUGUCCCAGCACGUCAACGCCAUCGAGCUCCUGCGGACGCAGCCCCUGGCUCCGCCCGAGCUGGUGCGGCCACGGCAGCCCGUCCAGAGGCAGCUGUCCCUGAGGGGCCGGCCGGCCUCCAAGCCUGCCGUCAUCCGGGGCAUCACCUACUACAAAGCCCAGGACCCCGAGGACGAGAACGACAUCGAAGAGCAGCGAAGGUGCAAGGACACGCUGUCCACCAUCACGGGGCCCACCACCCAGAACACGUUCGGGCGGAGCGAGGGCGCCUGGAUGAAGGACCCGCUGGCCAGCGACGAGCGCAUCUACGUCACGGACUCGGCGUACGGCAGCACGCUGGUGGAGUUCCGGAACCUGGACAACUUCCGGCAGGGCCGCUGGAGCAACUCGUACAAGCUGCCCUACAGCUGGGCGGGCACGGGCCACGCGGUGUACGGCGGCGCCUUCUUCUACAGCCGCGCCUUCGCCCGCACCCUCAUCAAGUACGACCUGCGCCGCCGCUUCGUGGCCGCCUGGGCCCUGCUGCACGACGUGGCCUACGAGGAGGCCGCGCCCCGCAGCUGGCAGGGCCGCUCCGACGUGGACUUCGCCGUGGACGAGAACGGGCUGUGGCUCAUCUAUCCCGCCCUGGACGAGGAGGGCCUGGGCCAGGAGGUGAUCGUGCUGAGCAAGCUCAACGCGGCGGACCUGAGCACCCGGAAGGAGACGACGUGGCGCACGGGGCUGCGGCGCAGCCUGUACGGCCACUGCUUCGUCAUCUGCGGCGUGCUGUACGCCGUGGACAGCCACCGCCAGCGCAACGCCAGCAUCUCCUACGCCUUCGACACGCACACCAACACGCAGAUCGUGCCGCGGCUGCUGUUCGAGAACGAGUAUUCCCACACCACGCAGGUCGACUACAACCCCAAGGACCGGCUGCUCUACGCCUGGGACAACGGCCACCAGGUCACCUACCACGUCAUUUUCGCCUACUGA